AUGGGAAAGGCACUUAAAGCUGAUGAGAUUUCUGUUGCAAUUUUUUCACAAUUCUUGCAGUUUCUUUUUCCGUCUUAUCGAAGUGUUUCAGACCUCAAAACUUGCCCUGAAAAAGACUACACUUCGACAAAGGCUGCUGGUUCAUCCAAUCUUCCGUCUAGCAGUUCGACUGUUCCUGCGGCUGCUAGCCCCUCCAGCCUUCCACCUAGUAGUUCGGCUGUACGCGCUGCUGGCAGCGCUCCAAGCGAACCAAAGGAGGAACCGGGUGCUGUAGUGCUGGCGCCUAAGAAGGAACCUGCCACGAGACAAGGGAAAGAAAGGGUUCAUUUACUUACUAAUUUCUGGGAACUAACUGUAAAUAGCAAAAUUGUCUAUCGCUACGAUGUGGCUGUAUACUUGAACACACCUGCAAAAGAUAGAGCUGUCGAUCUCUUGAGGGGCCCCCGCGAUGACUCUGAGAAUACGAGAAGGCAUCGUCUUUGCAUGGAAGCUCUCCAAUAUGCGUUCCAAUUCUACAGUAUUGUCAGCCAGUAUUCUGCCUUCGUUCAUGAUGGGGCUUCUAUAUUGUUUUCGUCUGAGGAUCUUAGUGCCGCUCUGAAGGAGCAUAGGGGGGUACUUGAUUUGAUGAAGAGCCAGCUGCCGGAAAGUACCAGAAAUCUCAUCUGUCGAAUGGAUGUGGAUUCGAUAACAAUUGAGAUCACACCUUGCCAGACGACAGCUGCAUCGUUUGAUCUGGCAGAUUUUCGCGCGCAGAGAAAUCGGAACUGGGCCACAUUAGAUCGUUCUUGGAAGCAGUUCUACGAGCUUAUCACUAAUUACGAUGCCGUGCUUAGCGGACGCUUCACGCAGUUUGGAGCUGGUUCGCUUUUUUGUAGUGCCCCGCUCAAGGAAAGAGUGGGUUUUGGCUUUGAAAGAUUUGAAGGCGCACGGAAAGGAAUCAAGUUCAUCGAGGGGAAAAAGCGAGAUGCAAAUAGUGUGGUACCUGCAUUGAUACUUGACCACCGCGUCGGAAUGUUUUUCAAAGAGCAGAAUCUUAUGAAGAGUGUGCGCGAAAUGCUCGGACCACGUGCCAGAGGCAUGCAGAGAUUUGAUUUCUCUCGCAAUAAUAAUAAUCGCAUGAACAAAACAUGGGUAGAAGUCAACAAUUAUGUCAAAGGUCUGCGUGUAAAUCUUAUUGAAAAUGCUACAAAUCCGCUUAGUUUCGUAGCAGUAGGAAUCAGCGAUCAGCCAGUAGCAAAUCUGGAAGAUACAUUGCCGGAUAGAAGAAGAAGCAAAAUAAAGCUCGUGAAGAAAUAUGCGGAUCAUCAUGUUACUCCCUAUUGGCCGGCUGUGAAGUAUCGUAGUCAUGGUUGCGUACAGUAUUUUCCUUUGGAAGUGUUGAUCGUUGCGCCUCAUCAGCGGGUUUUGCUGGAGAAGCAGCAAAUUGCAAAUUCAGUCCCAAGUGCUGACAGGCCUAACGAACGUUACGAAAAAAUCCAUACUUUGCUUGAAGCACUGAAUCUUCAUAAAUCUGGAAGCAUGAAUGAGUUCUUGAACGCAUUUGGCGUAAAAGUAGCUAUGGCACCUAAGCAAGUUGACGGCAUCAGACGUGCUGCUCCUGGAAUUGUCUUUGGACGUCAAUGUGAACCUGCUAUCGAUAAGUUCAAGUACAACUGGCGUCAAGAUCGUAAUACCCAGUAUGUGAAUAGCGCUAGCGUUGAACGCAUAAUCAUUGUCCAUAGCGACGACACAUACCAAGAACCAAAGGAGUUGAGGGCCGCAUUGGAGCCAAUGUACAGAAGUCGUGGAAUUAAAUGUAAUCGCUUCGAAGAUCUAUUCAAAAAGAAUAAGGGAUCGAAAUCACUUCUGAUCAUUUACAUCGAUAGGGCUGAAAGCAAAUCACACGAGUUCUUGAAGUUGAUGGAACGUAAACACCUGAUUUCUACCCAACAGAUAACCUCUGAAGUUGUCUCGAAAAUUAGAAAACAGAGUCAGACAUGUAGCAAUUUCGUCUCAAAAACCAACCUUAAGUUGGGCGGGAUCAACUAUAAUGUCAUUCCUGAGGCUUUCGCGGAGAAUCGUUGGAUUGCCCGUGGUACAACGCUGGUUGUAGGAUAUGAUGUAGCUCAUCCUGGAAAACCUUCGCGAGAUGAAAUCAUGAAUCGCAUGCCCCCACAGAAGCCGAGCAUUGUUGGAGUUUCAUUCAAUGGAGCGGCACAUCCCGAGUCUUUCAUUGGAGAUUAUCAUUUUCAAACUCCGCGUCAGGAAAGAGUCGAUAGUGCUUUGUUGAAUGCCAGAUUCAAAUGGAUGCUUGACUUGUUUACGAAGAAUCGAGGGGUUUGGCCUGAAAGGAUUGUCAUCACUCGCGAUGGAGUAUCUGAGGGACAGUAUCGAAUGGUGGUAGAGGAUGAGCUGGGCGCUAUAAAAGAAGCAUGCGAGGAAUUUGGGAACCUGCAUGGUCGGGAGUCGUGGAUCCCUCCGUUCACUGUGAUUGUGGCGACAAAACGGCACCAUGCGCGCUUUUUCAAGGAACACCAUGGAGUUGUCGACAAUCCUUUGCCUGCAACAGUAGUGGACACGGAUGUCGUUAGAAAUGACAUAACCGAAUUUUUCAUGCAAAGUCACCGUCCUGUGCAGGGUACAGCAAAGCCUACAUCUUACCAAAUUAUCGUCGACGAAAAUGAAAUGGGCAGUGAUGAAGCACAGUCGUUAAUGUUGGCCCUAACUUUUCACCAUCAGAUAAGUGACGCACCUGUUUCUCUACCGGAGCCAGUGUAUCAAGCGGAUGAAUGGGCCAAGAGAGGAAAAGAUAUCUGGAAAGCUUAUACUGAUCGUCAUAAUGUGCUGAAAUUGGAUUCAAAAGGCGAGUACGCGGAUUUCCCUAUUGACUUUGAAGCCAUGACGAAACUUUUGGCUUACUGGAACACGAAUCUGCAGUGUUAUCGGGUGAAUGCUUAACUCUUGAUGAGCUUUGAUGAUAUGAUAUUUGC